UCCUCAUAAUAUGCUCCCACUGUCACAAAUACCCGCUUCUUCAAAGCUAGGGUUUAUCUCUGCUCCUCUUCUUCAUCUCCUCCCUUCAUAAUUUUUUGGUUUCUUUUUCACCUAUUUUUUUUUGCCUGAUUUCAAUUCAUUGAUAUUCUGAAACUCUAUCAAAUUCCCUGGAAAUAAUCUGAUUAAAGGUCGCCUUUCUAAUUUGAGUAGCAACAUAUUAAACAUCCCGAGAUGUAUGGGCAAGGGAACUACACCUCUCAUUUCCAGCAUGGACCCCCUGCCCCUCUUCCUGCCCUUCAGCAAGGCCCGCCCCCUCCUCCCAUUCAUCAGCCCCAACACCCACCUCCACCUCUCCAUCAAGGGCCUCCUAUUCCUCAUUCUGCCACUCAUCGAGUCCCACGUCCUCCACCACCACCCAUUCAAGCACCACCCCCUCCGAUUCAACAGGGCCCACCCCACUUGCCUCAAGCUCAACCUCCUCCAUCCACAAUGAACAUGAACCACUCUUACAGGCACCCACCUCCCCAAAACGCCCAAAACCCAAUGCCAAUGGCUAUGCCAAUGCCACCACCUCCCUACCAAAACAACCAACAAUACCCCCCAUAUCCUCCACCUCCGAGUGUCAACACUGUUACCCCACCUCCUCCAAGAGUGGUUCCCUCUCCUCUUAUGCCUCCAUUGCAAGGCCAACUAUCAUAUCAACCACAAAAUCAUCGUGGCCCCGUAAUGCAAGGGUCACAACAACCUAUGCGUCCUGGUCCUGUUCCACCCCCAACUGGGUUUGUUCCUAUUACUCCUUCUCCUUUUCCGCAUUAUGCGCAAGGCCCCGUUGAUAUGCAGCCCCAUUAUAUGCCUCCUCCUCUGCCCCCUCCUCCACCUUCAUCACCUCCUCCCCUACCCCCACCGCCUCCUCCGCCUGCCUCACCACCUCCUAGCUUUUUGUCUAUGAAUUUGUUGGCGAGCUCUACAGAUUCCAUUGCCCCCUCAUCUGGGACAAAUCGCUACUCAGAAUCUAAAAUGGGUUUGGAAAGUUCUUCAAAUCGUGUUGACAGGGUUGGGGUUUCUGAAUUGGCCACUACGAUUGGUGAUAAGGUGGAGAAACCAGAGGGUUUGAACCAAAAGUUUGAUGGUACGCCUCUCUGUGGUGGCUCUUUGGGGAAUGAAAUGGUCAGGAUGGACACUAGUUCUUUUGCUUCAAUGUGUCUACCCCCUCAACCUCCUAAGCCAUUUGAUGGAGAAAUGGUUAAAAACAUCGAAAUUUUGUGUCAGUUUAUUGCAAAGGUUGGGCCUGACUUUGAGAAAAUGGCACGAACCAAGGAAGCUGGGAAUUCGAAAUUUGCAUUUUUGUUUGGUGGGGAACCUGGGAGCAAUGCAGCAAUUGGACAUGAAUAUUUUCAGUGGAUGAAGAUGAAAAGUAGGUUCGAGGCAAAUUAUAGUAAACCAUCAGAGGGGCGUGAUCAAUCUCUUAUGCCUUCUGAAACUUCGGGGACUUCUUUGCGUCUUGGUGGUGUGGUUGAUGAGGAUAUCUCUGCUUCUCCAGCAGUUUCAGAUAUGGAUAUGGAAGACGAUGUUUAUCCACCUUGUAACAACGAUGGUGGUGAUGGAUUUGAUGAACCCUUGAACGCAGAAGUCUCAACAUCUUUGGAGCCAUAUAAUGGGAAAGACAGUCCUGGAGCUUCUCAGAAUUCUUCAGAAGAGCAAGUUCUCAAGGAUAUGCAAACUCCUCCUGAAGCCUGGAUGAGGUCUUUAGCAUCAGAAUCUCCAGGUGAGAAAGGAAAAAAGGAUGGUUCUACAUUUGAAAGACCAGUUAUUGAAGAUCGUAGCCCAGUGAAGGAUUCACAUGAUGCUUACAGUGAUAUUCCUGAAAAUGAUGCGCGUAAACCUUUGAGGACAUCUGUCAAAGAUCUGAGUCCUGAAGGUGUUUCGCCUCCAGUUGUUGGGCUAUCCUCAGACAGCAAGGAGCAGGACACUGCAAAGCCAUUGAUUGACGAUGUGAGCCCUAUGAGAGCAAUUGCAAGUUAUUACUCGGAGGAUGACACCGAUGAAGCUGAAAGGCCAUCUAUUAAAGAUGUAAGUCCUGUUAUUGUUUCACCUGAGACUACAAAGCUUCCUUCAAAAUUCCAUGACAAACAAGAAACCGAAGGAGUGGAGCAUACUUGGGAAGUUUCCCCAUCAUCUCCCAAAUCAGUAUCACCGAAGGAUUCACCUGCUUUUUACAAAGUGGAAUCACCAUGUUUGACCCCUUCAAAGCCAACAGAAGAAUAUACAGAAAGCAAUGAAAUGGGGUCACUCCGUGAAUUUUCCAAGCACGAUCAUCCGUUACAAGAGAAUGAUAUUGGUGUUGAACCACAGAAGGAACGGCCUCAUGUGGCGGAUGUUUUAAAAGAGGCUACUUCAGCAUUGGUUGUGGAUGAGUUUGGGAGAUUAGUUAGAGAAGGUGCGAGUGAUAGUGAAUCAGAUGGUCUGAGCAAUAGGAGAGGCAAGAGGGGCAGGAGUAGGAGCCGUAGCCGUAGCAGGUCUCCCCAAGAAAACUGGCGGAGGAGGAGAAGUCGUAGCCCACGAAGGAGAAGGGACAAACGGAGUCGAUCUCACAGCUGGUCACCUAAGAGACAGAGAAGCAGGAGCAAGUCGCCGGCUGCUUUCAGGCGUAUGGGUGAUAUCUCAGGUGAAAAACCAAGAAAGGAAUGUUUUAACUUCCUUCGAGGCAGGUGCUUUCGUGGAGCAUCUUGUAAGUUUCUUCACCUAGAACAUCCCAUGGAUGAUUCAUAUAGAAGAUACAGAAGCAAAGGGCACCACCACCAUGACAAUCCCCAUGAUUCAAGGCAACCCACUUGGUGUGAGGACAACAAGGAUGGGGCUAAAGACGUAGUAACUAAAACUGUUCAAGAGGAACAUGGGCCCUUUAGUUAUGAGCUAGGAAAGCUUGUAGAGGUUAAAAAAGAAGCCCAAGAUGGGCCCAUGGGGUUCAUUGGUUCUGUUCCAUCGAGUUCAAACAUGGACGAAAACAAGGAAGUUGUGCCUUCUUCCGAGGAUGCACAACCUGGUAUGACUAGUGAAGAAAACAGUCAUUCACAAUUUAAUGUUAUGAAUAAAGAAGCUGGGAAUUCAUUGGGUCUAGAAGAGAAGGUUACCCUAGUGCCAGGAUCUCUGGUAACUGAGCAAAUGGGAGUGCAUCCUUUGACUGAGGAGAUUUCUCACAACCCAAUUCACCGAUUGCAGGAUGAGAGUGUUGAACCUCAGACCACCCCCCAUGUAGGUGCGCAACCUUCAACAAAUGAAACUCUAGUGAACCAGCCUUAUCCCUAUGAUACAAAAGCUCCCCUUCCUGACUCUGAACCAGCUGAGAACAGUAUUAUCUCUCAUCCCCCACCCAUAGAAAACUCGGCUCCCCAUUCCUUUCCCGUUCAACUCUUUCCACCCUCCUUUCCAAAUCAGGUUCAACCGUUUUCUCAACCUUUUCAAGCUCAUUCGGCACCUUCUCAGCCAUUCAUGUCUGAUAGUUUCAGGCAUCAACCUAUACCACCAAAGGAUAUGCACCAACCUAAUUUUUCAUCAGGGAACUUCCAAUUUCAACCUCCCUCUACAGGCCCUAACCAGUCAUUCCACUCCAAUGGGUUUAUUCAGCCACCUCAAGUUAUCCUCUCUCAACCCCAACCUGAGAAAUUCCGUUUGCGUCAAUCCCCAAUUGAUGACCAAAACACCCCUGUGAAGUCUCGAAAUGAUGCCCCCCUUCCUUAUGGGCCUGAAUCCCUGCUUCCCAAGCCCCCCAUGCUUGCAACUGAAUUUCACUCUACACAUUAUAACCCUAAUCCUUCUCAAGAAUUUCACCCUCGACCCUUUGCACCCCAGCAAUCAUUACAACCAAUUGAUGAAUUUCGUCAGGGGUCCAUGGAGAAUCCAAGAGACCCAUUGUUCAUCGGCCAGAAUUUCAUCAGAGAAGAUCCUAGAAGCCUUCAUCGAGAAGAGCGAUUCCCAUAUUCAGCAAUGCAUGAAGUGGGGCCCCAACGACAAGAAUAUUAUGCCCCCCCACCUUGGGUAAGGGAAGAUAUGCAGCGCCCGCGGCAUGCAUUAAAGGAUGAGGGGCACUUGUCUAACCCUGGGUUUGAUCCUCGAUUACCUGGUCAUGGGUAUACUUCACAAAGUAACACAAGGGACAUCUGGCCACCAAGCUCCUCUAGAGAUGCCCAAGCCCAAGUACUGCCUCCUGCCCCUCUUCAUAGGGAUGGUUUGCCAUUGCGACCCUUCUCCAGAGAAGGUUUGGAUGGUCCUCCCCUUAGAGAAUACUUGUAUUCUCAGCAGAACCAGCCAACCUUAGUUGGUGAAUUCUCAUCAUCAUUUCGUUCUCAUUCUACCCACUAUAACCCUUAUGCAUCUACUUUUGAUCGCUCCUUACCUCCUUAUCCAAGAAGAGAAAUUGACAUGGGUCCUGGUCCCUCUAAAACUAGUUCCACUUUGUUUGAGCCGCCUUCUGGGUUCGAUUCACUUGUGUCCAGGCCAUUUGCAUCCUCUGCUUUGGUGCCUCCAGUGCACUCUGGUGAUGUGAAGGAAUACUCAUACCCCUUAAAAGAGCCAUUAAGGGACUCUUUAGGGGGUGACCAAUAUGACCCUCUAUUUGAUAGCAUUGAGCCUCCCACUGAUUCUUUCACAAACUUGAACCGAUCCCAAGAGAGGGAAACUAGUGCUGAGGCCGUUGCUAGGUCUAGAGCCAAAUUAGAUCGGCCUCAAGAGAGAGAAACUAGUGGAGAAGUCAUUGCUCAGUCUAUGACCAACCAAAGUACCAGCCCAUUACCAGACUUGAAUUUGAGGAUGAGUACCCAUCACAGGCCUCUUGAUGUAGAGGAGAAUAAUAAACAAAAAGAGGGUGAGGCGAUGGUUUUUAAGCCUCAAAUCGAUGCUGAAGAGUUUGGGGACGCUGCUUUGGAUGCAGAGGUGGGUGUUGUGGAAAACGUGAGCCCAAACCAUGCUGUAAUUGACCAAGGGAAUGCAGGUGCGGGUGAGAUAGAGAUAGACCAGAAUGUCAAAUCGCCAGGAAAGAGUAAUAAGAAGGAAGCAAGGGCAAUGAAGCUUUUUAGGAUAGCUUUGGCUGAGUUUGUAAAGGAUAUAUUGAAGCCUUCAUGGCGGGAAGGAAACAUGAGCAAGGAGGCCUUUAAGACUAUUGUGAAGAAGACGGUUGAUAAGGUUUCUGGAGCGAUGAAGAGCCACCAGAUCCCCAAGACACAGGCAAAGAUUGAGCAGUAUGUGGCAUCUUCACAACGGAAGUUGACAAAAUUAGUCAUGGGCUAUGUGGACAAGUAUGUCAAGGUUUAGGCUUCGCUAUGUGCCCUUUUCCUGGGAACAUUGCAAGAUGAGGGCUUCAAGAGUUUGCAUUGGGGAAGAAACUGUUAAAUAUUGGUUCUCUUGAAGGUUUUUGAGCAGUUUCAGUUAGCCAUUUAUGAGUUUCGAGAAAACUCGACUUGUAUGUAAUACCAGUUCUUGAUGAUGCUACUCUUUUUGACUCUGCCCAAUGAAUACAUAUUUUCAAUUUGUAAAAAAAUCUAUGCAGAAAAAAAGAAGAGUAAAGAGAGUUAUGGCGCUGUGCAUGUAUCC